AUGUUGAUUCCAAAGGAGGAGAGAACUAAGAUCCACAGAAAGUUGUUUCAAGACGGUGUUCUGGUCGCCAAGAAGGACUUCAACCAGCCUAAGCACGAUGAAAUCGACACCAAGAACUUGUAUGUGAUCAAGGCUUUGCAGUCGUUGACCUCCAAGGGCUACGUCAAGACCCAGUUCUCCUGGCAAUACUACUACUACACUCUAACUGAGGAGGGUGUGGAGUACUUGAGAAACUACUUGGGGUUGCCUGAGAACGUCAUCCCAGGUACUUACAUGGCCGACAGAUCUCAGAGCCAGAGACCACAAAGAAGAUACUGA